ACAGGAAGUGAGUCCUGGGUUUGAGUAUCGACAAAGUAGCGGUCAAGAUGGCUUCAGAUUGGCAGCUGUCGCUGAAGCUGGUGGAUCACCCGAAAUCCGUCUUCCAUUUCCCGGAGAUGAUGCCCGGCGAUGUCUCACCCGGGGAGUACAGAGUCGCCACUUUGAAACAGCUCGUUGCCGCGCAGCUGUCAGACUCCGUCCCAGACCCAGAUCUAAUAGAGCUAGUUCAUUGUGGCCGAAAGUUGAAGGAUGACCUAACAUUGAAUGCUUAUGGAAUUCAGCCGGGAUCCACCGUGCACAUCCUCAAAAAGACCUGGCCAGAGCCUGAGAUCAGUGCGGAGCCUGUGAACAGAGCUAAUGCAGCCAGGGAAUUUAGAGUGUUUCAUGCUGCUCUCCACUCACUUAACUCCUCCUACAGAGACUCAGUGUAUAAAAUGCUUACCAAUAAGGAAUCACUGGAUCAAAUCAUUGUGGCUACCCCAGGGCUUAGGUCAGACCCGGUGGCUCUAGGAGUGCUCCAAGACAAAAAUCUCUUCGUGCAGUUCACAGACCCCAACAUGCUGGACGUGUUGAUCAGUUCCCACCCAGCACUAGUCAAUGCCAUCAUCCUGGUCCUUCAUUCUGUAGCUGGUAGUAUGCCUGCUCAGUCCAACGCCAGCUCUUCCCGCAAUGUCUCCACCAGUUCCUAUAGCGAUAUGCCAGGAGGGUUCAUGUUCGAGGGCAUGUCUGAUGAUGAUGAAGAUUUCCAGUCUGGGAACCAAGCAGGUCCAUCCAAUAGGGCGGCGGCUCCAGCAGGAGUGCGUCCUGUGUCUCUGAGCCACAGUGGAGCAACAGGCCCACGGCCAAUAACACAGAGUGAGCUGGCGACUGCCCUCGCCCUGGCCAGCACCCCUGACAGCAAUGCCGUCACUCCGACAACAGCAAGUCAAGCAGAUCCCUCUGCUGGAGUUGCUCCCAUGUCCGCAGGGACCCCAGUCAGUAAUGAUCUCUUCAGCCAGGCACUACAGCAAGCUUUGCAGGCUACCAACAUGUCUGCUCUGCAGGGCCGCUGGCAGUCCCAGAUGCAGCAGCUCAGAGACAUGGGAAUCCAGGAUGAGGAGCUGAUGCUGCGGGCGCUUCAGGCCACAGAUGGUGACAUCCAGGCUGCCUUGGAGCUCAUAUUUGCUGGAGGCCCAGGACUCUGAGCAUACAACCUUGGGAAAAAGUGGCUUAUAGAGUGAAGAAAAAAUGGAGAGCCCCCAACCUGAUACUCAGUGGAACUUUGGUCAUCUUGCUGCCCAGUUAUUACAUGGACAUUAUGGCUUUUGACUAGGGAAGACUUCUUGUUACUCGCCCACUUAUUUUCAGAUAUAUUUAAGUUUACAUGUUCAAAGGAGUUCUGCAGUGGUCCUUCAAAACUCUGAUCGGUGACCUGACUGAACUGAAUAAAGGUAACUGCUAACCUUAUCUAGCCCAUAUUUUUUAGAGGUGGUGUCGACUCAGAAGGGGAUAUCCUCUCUUAAUAUGCUGCUGCAUUUAUUAACAUACAGAGAUUUCUACAACAUUGCCUUCAUGUGAAGAACACUUGUAACUAGGCUGCCUUGUAGUUAUCACACCAUAUGGUUAGGAGUGUAAAAUGUCCCUUUUCAUUAUUUAAUGGCAAUUUUCAGCUCGUGCCAUGUCUGUUUUUGUUUUUUCUUUCUUUUUUUUCUUCUUUAUUCUGUUUUGGGCAUAAUUAAUCAUGUCGUUUUUGGGCAAGAAUAAUAAAACGUAAGAAGUGCAUGUUGUGCACACUUCCUUCUGCGCACUGGCAAUAGCUGCCCAUCGUCAAUGCAAUUUACAUUGUUGUACACUAGAUGGCAAUACAGUAUUU